AUGGGCCAAAUCACUUUCUCAGAUCAUCCUCAGCAAUAUAUCAGUAAUUUAGGAAACUAGGAGUUAAGUAUUCCUUGUUUAUAGUGCUAGUGAUUAUUUCCCAACAAGUGAGGGUGACCCACAGAAGAAACCUUGUUGAUCCUCACUUACUCUCUAAUAACAUUGUUUACUAUUAUUUCUCGCCGUGCAAACUCUUUGAUCAAUACACUUGUGUAUAUGAGCUGGGACAUGUUGUGUGCAGCUUGUGCACGUGUCGUGUUGACUAAAGUAAAUUACGCACCAUUACUUGAAAAUCAGUACUGGAUAGGCCUCUUAUCUAUCCCCCUCCUCUCUUCCAUAAUAUCUACUCCAUAAUAUCUACUACUUUCCUCUUUUGCCAGGGCUAUUAUAAAAUAUUGGCAGUUUACAGUCCACCUCACAGUGUCCACAAGAAAAGUGCAAAAGUCUUUUUUAAGAUGAAAGGUCUUUCAGGAUUUGAAUUAAAUCAGUGUCAGUCUGUUUAAUACUUGCCAUAUCAAAUAACACUAGCACUAGCCAUAUCAGUACAAACAGUGUUAAAUAGUUUCUCCUCUAAAACCUAUUUUUUUCAAUAAACCUCAUGUAUAAUAUUAACGAAUAUAAUAUCGACAAAUAAGACUUCAUCCAAGUAAAAACCUACAUGACCAUUUAUUGUUAAUAGGACAAUUUAAAUCAAAUUUCCAUGUUCAUAUAUAAGAUAUACUGUCAUUGUGCAUGAAAGUUACUUAAAGGAAUGCUCUUUUUAAACAAGAAAGUUCAUACAAGGGAGAGAGCCUAUUCAUGUGUUCAUCAUAACUAAAAGACAGAAAUAAUUGAGAUUUGGUUUUAUAUAACAUUAUAGAGGAUAAAUAUAUAGAGCUCAUGACAGAUAUUUUUCAGAUUCAAACAGAUGUAAUUCAGGAUGGCAACUAAGAGAGGAAGAAAGUUAUAUCAGUGUUCAGAUUGUCUGAAAGACUUUCAACGACAUCCAGAUCUAGUUAAACAUAUGGAAAUUCAUGCAUUGGAGAAAAAAUAUAAGUGUUAUGUGUAUCUACAAGAUUUUGUAAAGGAUUCACAUCUAGUAAAACAUUCAGGUGUUAAUAAAGGAGAGAAACAAUAUUGCUCAGAGGAUGCUAGUAAAUGCUCAAGUCAGUCAAAUAUGCUGAUACAUAGCACACUUCAUAAACCACUGAAAAAACAACAACAGAGUUCACAGUGUCGGAAAAAUAGUUCUAAUAAGAGAAGUCACGAUCAGCAUAUGAGAGUUCAUAAUUUGAAAAAAUUACAUCAGUGCUCAAAGGAGGAGGAGCCAGAAUGUUCAGAUAAGUCCAGUUUUACUACAGACAUGAAAGUUCACACAAAAGAGACAUCAAAUCAGAGUUCAAAGUGUCUAAAAGACUUUUCUAAUAAGGAAAGCCUAGCUAAAAAUAUUACUCAGUGCUCAGAGGAGACAGAAUGUUCAGAUAAAUCAAAUUUGGCCACAAACAUGAAAGUUUGUAAAACAGAGACAUCAAAUCAGGGUUUAGAGAGUCUUAAAGGCUUUUCUGCUAAGGAGAGUCCAGGUAAAAACAUUACAGUUAAUACAGUAGACAAACCAUUUAAGUGUUCACAGUGUCCAAAGACUUAUUUAGUACAUGGAUAUCUAUUACAACAUACAAGAGUUCAUACAGGAGAGAAACCAUUUAAAUGCUUAUUUUGUCCAAAGAAAUUUUCACUUCAUCAAACUCGACAACGACAUACAAGAAUUCAUGAAAAGAACGGAUCACAUUCAGGAAAAUCAAAUUUGAUUCCACAUGACCUAGCCCAAACAGAAAAGAACACGUACAAGUGUUCGGAGUGUCCAAAAAGCUUCAGACGAUAUUCAAAUCUAGAAAAACAUAACAGAUUUCACACAGGAGAGAAACCACAUCAAUGUUCA